AUGGUAAAACGACACUGUAACUGCCAGAGUAAUUUUCGAGAUUCUACACCGGAUUUACCGGUAAUCACAUCUCCGAAGACUCGCGAUAAGCCUUAUGGCUCAUUGUUAUCGCGCGGUUGUUCAGAUGUUUCAGAUUGUGUAAAAUUUCCAGCCGGAGUGGUUCUCCCAUAUGGUUCUCUAUCAAGACCACGAGAUAAUUGUUUUGCAUCCUGUUCUUGGCGCAUAUGUAGUGACAUGGUAUGCGACUCACUCUUUCUCUUCGCUAUGGAUAUAGAUUCUGGAAUGAUCUUUGUUGAUUCUGGAAUGAUCUUAGCUGGUGAUGUUAUUGUUGCGUUCUGGCAUUUGGAACGUAGAUAUGUUCUUCGAGAGGGGGAGCUUUGGUUAGAACAUUCUAGGCAGAAUCAUACUUGCAGUGUUGAUUACCAAUGCUUAGAUCUUGCUGCAGUUUGUGUGAAAUCUGUGAUUGAUCUUCCUGUGUUAUGUCAUGUUGCUGCGAGAGUACUUCAUUCCAACUCUCAUGUUGCAACACAUAUGAGAAGGAUUGGUCAUUUCCCUGUCGUGAUUCAGUUUGCUAUGUUUCUAUACAUGAGUAUGCUUCAACCAUUUGCUAGUCAGGGGGAGCUAUAG